AUGUACAUGAAUGAACGGCUGCACGGGCAAGCAUACAACAUAGUACGAAACCCACCAAACAAGGACAAGUACGAAACAUUACGCCAAGCGAUUUUAAAUAAAUUUUCAGUAUCGCCAAUCACGCGCCUCGAGCAGCUAAUAUCGGGUAUCCAGCUAGGUGACAGAAAGUCAAGCCACAUGCUCACGCAACUACAACGCACAGGUGUGACUACCGACAAACAAUUAAUUAAAGACUGUUGGUUACAGAAACUUCCUGUAUCCGCAAGAGCAGUGAUAACUGGUAUCGACAAAGCGAAUACCGACAUUACUUUGGAGGAGCUGGAAUCAAUCGCCGACGAAAUAAUGGAUGUUGUACGAGCCAAUUCGACAAACGCCGUUACAGUUCGUAGCGAACAAGAGCAAACUACCCCAACAACCAAGCUAAAUGGCAAUUCCUCAAUGGAAACUGGAAUGUCGCGCAUUGAGCGAGCACUCGCCAGAAUCAAAUUGAGCAACAGGCGACGCCGGAGCAGCAGGCCUCGCUCACAUAGCCGUACUGGUGAGACAGGUCACUCAUCAGAAGGUAUGCCGCAAAAAAAUUGUUGGUACCACAGACGUUUCGGAGAUAAAGCAUAA